AGAACAGCUGGGCACAUCUCCUGCCCACAACACAACACAUCUUACACCAUUGGGACACCGCAAAACCCACAAUGGUGCAAUAAUUACCAAUGCUGAUGGCGGCACCCUCAACAGAACUAGAACCCAUAAUACCAACCUUGAAUAUACAACCAUGGCUACAGAACGGGAUUCAGGAGAUCAAGCAGUUAUACAACGAA